GGUGAGGGAAUCCGGGCGGCGGCCGUCUCUGAACCGUCGUGUGUGUGACCCGUUUGCAGAGGGCCGGCGCCUGGCCAACAGCUGCGCCUGCAAGUUCAUCGAGACCUCGUCGGGCCUGGACCACAACGUGGACGAGCUGCUGGUGGGGCUGCUGGCGCAGGUGCAGCUCAACCCGCGGCGGGAGGCGCUCAGCCGGCGGCGCAAGAAGCGGGGGCCGCCGCCGGCACCCGCCAGCGCGUCCACGGGCAAGCGGCUCCUGCGGCACCUGCUCGGCAUCAAGCGGAAGGCGAGGUCCUGCGAGAACCUCUUCGUCCUGUGACCCGAGCUCGGCACUUGAGAGAGCUAAAUUCCAUUCUUGUUUUGCAUUG